GUUAUUACCAAACUCUUCGAUCUAUUCUUUACAAUUUAUCACUUAAAAAUGUAAAGAAAACAAGAAAAAGAUUAUACUAAUUUUGAGUGAUUGAAAAGUAUUUUGAGGUUUUUAUAGCAUUGGUAGCGCGGGCAUAUUUCAUUGUUCUACGUUGGGUCAUCGAUUUCAAUCGCUUGCUGCUCUAAGUUGAAUGUAGCAAUUGUUGAGAGCUUUGAAGGGUAUCUCCAUAUCGCUCCACUACGAAUCUCGCAACUUCUUCUUAAUUUUUGGGUUCAAUUUGAACUUCGACUGGCAGCCAGAUUCAAUGGCGUCCAAUCAUGGAUUAAAAGAAGAAGAAGCUGAUAACCCAUCAUCGCCUACCAAUGUUUACAAAGAUCCCGAUGACGGACGGCAGCGGUUCUUGCUCGAAUUGGAGUUUGUUCAAUGCCUUGCCAAUCCUACCUACAUUCAUUAUCUGGCGCAGAAUCGUUACCUUGAGGAUGAAGCUUUUAUUGGUUACUUGAAGUACCUUCAAUAUUGGCAACGGCCAGAGUAUAUCAAGUUUAUAAUGUACCCUCAUUGUCUUUUUUUUCUUGAACUUCUACAAAAUUCAAAUUUCCGAAAUGCAAUGGCUCAUCCUGGCAACAAGGAAUUGGCACACAGACAGCAAUUUUACUUCUGGAAGAACUAUAGGAACAAUCGAUUGAAACACAUUUUGCCUCGACCUCUUCCUGAACCUGCAGCAUUACCACCCCCAGUCACUGCUCCACCUCAAGCAGCUGUACCGGCUCCAACCUCAGCCCCCAAUAUGGCAGCUUCACCUGCUGCACCUGCACUUUCUCCCAUCCAGUAUGGUAUUCCACCUGGUCCUGGACUUCCAAAGAACGACAUGAAGGGUGCAGGAAUUGAUCGACGAAAGAGAAAACAUGAAAGAAGUAUGACGUAGUUGGUUUCAUUAGUCAAAACUAGGGUGGAUGCUGGAGCAGCUCAUGAGGUAAAAUCUGCAUACAGUGAAAAUUAAAGUUCAAAGAUGAUGCCUUUCAUAAGCUUUCCAAGAGUUAUCCUUCACUUCAGGUCGUUCAAAAUCUCUCUCUCGCAUGUUCAUGAAGACGAGCGACAUGACAUCCAUGUUUAUGGGUUCAUGUAAUAUAUCCUUUGACGAAGAUCUGCAUGACUUUGGGAUAAAAUAUUGCUAAGAAUCCUUAAAAUUUUUGGUUUAUCUAUAUGUUUGGCUGUUAUAGAUAAUACAUUGAUAAGCAGUGUCUUUGACUAUCUUUUUAUCUCCAUCUAUAUUAGACAUUUUUUUUUGUAGCAGCAUGAAAUCCUAUAAGUAGGUAUGGUGGGAGUGAGCGCUAACGUGAAUAUAGCAAAAUAUUAUUGUUUACUAAUGAUGUAUAUUGAUAGAUUAUUAUCAUCUAUUGGUGAUAGACACAAAUAGAUGUUUACUAUGUUUAUUUAUCACGGUGACAUUUUGUUAUAUUUGUAAA